AUGGUGACUGCUGUCUCGCCGCUGCGGACGGGUAUCACCCGCUCAACCCGCCCGCCAAUGCUACCGCUCACCAAAUCGUCACUGAGCACGUUCAUCCAAGAGCCACAACUUCUCCCCGCCCUGUCGUCCCCCAAGCACCAUUCGCCCUGCACGCCACCUGCCCGCACCCCGCAUAGGCAUUCCCACGACGGGAGCACACGAGAACGCCACCAUCCGUUCCUCGCCCGACGAAGCAGUGCGAGCACAUUUGGUGGCGGCGAAGCGCGCGAGGAUGGGUUCAUUGACACUCCUCCACCACCAUCACCCGUGUCUGUGUCUGAUCGCAAAGCACCCUCGGCCGCUUCGUUGCCGAGCACACCGGCUGAAGCACCACGCCGGACGGCCCCUGCACCAGGGGCAGGGGCAGCUCAUGUCGAUCACCCUGUCCCAGUCCGUUCGUUGAGCCUCGCGCUCCCACUCAAAGCUCCUCCCAGUGUCGGCACCCCCCUACUUGUGGAUGUCGCCGAACGGCCUGAGGACGAGAGGCCCGCGACAAUGAUCAACAGUCAGAUGGAUAGAGCUCACAGCCAAGGAAGACGCCGAGGUUCCAAGCGAGGCACAGAAAGUGUUGAGCUCAAGAUCGCUCUUGAUCAGAUCGUGGACUGUGCAUCUUUUGAGGACAGUCUCCUGGGGCCUGAAGAUACCGACUUUCAGGCCUUUCCAGCCCGCACUGGCUUCAAGGUGCCGUUCGCACCGGUCGACAUCCCUGAAAGACGUGAUGAGCGGGCUGGCGACGCUAGCGAGUCGCAUCGCCACGGUCGGUCGCUUGACCUCGACGCAGUGACGGAGCGCAAUAUGAUGGCCAACGACAGGGGUCUGGGCAAGAGAGCAGGUGCGGCGGAUGCGUACAAGAGACACAGUUGUCACCUCUCCCUCUCGUCAGUGGCAUCAAUAGACGCGUCUGGCGGCCGCCAUUCUGUCGGUGACAGCGAGUCCGUCACGUCGGCUACGGGCCUCCUUCAUGCCGCGGCGAUCCGCGUUCCUAGUCGAUCACGCCCACCGCCGCUGGAGCUCAACCUCGUCCCGGCGCCUACAGCGCCCUGUGAGCUGAGCCGCUUGCCACCUUCGCUGGGGAGCCGGAGCGACCUGAGCCCGGGGCGCAAAGCCCAGCUGGUGCGGCGUACACGCAAGCUGGAGCGUGUCCUUGGCGAGCCCCUCCACGAGAAACACGUGGAGCAAUAUGUCGUCGAACCGAGCCUCUCGACUACGACGGUCAUGACCAAGCUUGAGGAGGGCGUCUGGCCAGACACACCCACAGGCGGGUUGCCCGAGUGGGCGCGCGCCGACGUGGUCCCACGCUGCGAGAGCCGCACAGAGGAAGUGGACGAGGAGCCACCGUCAGCGUCGCGCCGGCUUGCGCACCAGAGAUCGCGCUCAGGCUUGGGGCUGAGUCGCAUGCGCAGCCUCAUGGGUCGCGAUACACCGCCACCGGCCAAGAUUGUCGUCAACCUCACGCGCGAGGUGCGCACGACAGAGACGCAGGUGCGCUCGAGCCCGAUGAUCCGACACAGCGCCAACAGGGACGACCAGCAGCAGCCCCCAACGCCAGAAACGCCUAGAUCCAUCAUGACAGUUUCGACAAUUGAGACGCAUGAGGAGGCCUCGCGCCGCCAGCGCCGCCAACAGCUCGCCAAGCUCCAACGCCUCCUGGGCGUACACAUCCCACCACAUGCGCUGCAUCCGCGCGAGGACGAUCUCGUGCCACGCUGCACGCCGCAGGGUCGAAGCGCGUCCGAGAGUUCACUUUCCCUUCAGUCGGGUGUUUCGCACGUCUCGUCGUCGGAGACGGGUCGCGCACGCCUCGCCGCGCGUCUCCUUCGCACCAUGCACGCGGGCCCGCGCAUGAGCACAACUGAGUCGCUGCAGCCGGCGUUCAACGACGCCGACACGAUGAGCCGAGCGGAGAAGGCGGUUGCGCGUAAACGUGCGUCAAAACUCGAGCAGAUGUUCGGCCGAGUCCCUCCGCAGGACAUGUUCCUCCCCGUUCGAGGGCGAGCAAGCGUGGAUCUGGAAGGUCUACGCAAGCGCGUUGCGGGCGAUAACUCGGACGCGGCGAGUCCCACAAGCGCACACGCGUACGCAUCCGCUCUGGCGGCGCUGAGUGGCUCCCCGCCUUCGAGACCCGUAGGAUCGACCGUGGUGGACGAGCCCGUGGCAUCUACGGAUCUGAUCCCGUCGGUAGCGUUCACGAGCUACAGAGACUCGAUCCGCAGUUUGAUCUGGCUGGUUGAGAAUGAUCAGGGCCGCUUGGCGAGCAUUGUGGACGAGAUUGCCGAGCUUGAGGACGCGGCGCCACCCAACCGCCGGUCCUCAUUCUCUUCGAUCGACUUCGGACGUGCAACAGUCGAAGCGACGAGAGCCAGAAGCCCGCGCUCGCCUCGCUCACCAAUGGCGCUGAUCCAGUCCAUCGGGCGCGCGACGGGCCUUGUCGCGGAGCCCCUGUCGCCCUCCACGCCUGAGGCGAGCGCACACUCGGUCGCGAGAAGACGCACACGUAAGCUCAGCGCGUUCUUUGGUGAGCGCGUCGACCCCGCCCACGCCCACGUCAUGCACCACCACCACGCGCAUAUGCACUCACUGCCCUCGGCACACCCGCCACAUACGCAUGCCCCAGCCAUACCGUCAUCCUUCCACGCCGUGCCGGGAAACUACACCGCCAGGCACAGUAGACCACCGUCGGCCAUGCACGGCCCGCGUACCUCUGUGUUCGGGUUUGCUGCCCUCGCCGAACCCUCGGGGAUGCCGCGCACUGCUGCCCGCCGCCGCGAGACGUUUGACGGCGUGCUGGGCGAGCUGUGGCGUAACGUUCAGGCCGAGGCUGCGCAGGGACGCAUGCGCUCUACCGAGUUUGGCAACCUGCGCGAGAUGUGGAGCCGCCUUGGACGGCAGCGCGCUCAGUCGGGCGCGUGGGCCGAGCUGUAG